AUGGAUCAUUCUAUCAUCCAAUUUCCGUCUUUUGUUUGUCUUUCAUCCCUCACUGUACUAUAUUUGACUGCAUUGGUAAAUCCGAUGUAUAUUACUUGUUACUCCUCCAACCAGUCCAAAGAGUUAACACUAAAAUUCCCAGUUCUUAGACAAUAUCACUCACAUAAUUGCAUUUGGUUAGAUGUAAAACGUGUUACUAUAGAAGCGCCUCUUCUUGAGAAGGUUGAAAUAAGUCGUCAGUGGGUUAGGUCGUGGCCGUGUGAUGUAUCUCAUGCUGAAAUUGUGAUUCGUGCUUCCUAUAUUACAAAAUAUCGUUAUGAGGGUUAUAUAUCGUCUGAGACCAUUUUGCUAGAUGCUCAUGUUGAUAAAGCCUCCAUUUCUCUAACGAAAUCGAACGUCAAGAGUGGGCAACAAAUGAAGAAUUUUUUUUGCAAACUUUUCAAUAUUAAUAAUUUGAAAUGUUUAACACUAAUUCGGGGUCUUGCACCAUUGAAACCUUAUUUGGUUGAUAUUCCUGCAUUUCGAAUGCUCAGCUCCCUGGAUAUAUGUUACUCUGUUACAGUUGAGCUUUUGUUAGCCUUACUUUUUAAAUCACCAUGUCUAGAGACUCUAGUUUUACAGGCAAUAGAGUCUUACACAGAACCGCCGAAUUUUGCAAUCGUACCCGAAUGUUUUCUAUCUACUCUGAAAGUGGUAAGAUUUGUAAAUUUUGCUGGUGGUGAACUGGAGUUGAGUUUUGCUAAAUUUGUUAUGGAGAAUAGCCAGUUUUUGGAGAGUAUUAGUUUCUCUCGUUAUACACUGCGCGAGGAAGAAAUUGAAAAAAUUAAGGAGAAAAUAUUUUUAGUUAAGAGAAGUUUUAACAUAGAAUAUUCAGCUCAUUCCGUCACAUUUAAAGUGUGA